CACGCGGCUUCAGCUCUUUCUUCGCAGCUGUCACACUCUCGAACGUGCUGUAUUGUUAAAUACUUUUUUUUUAAGGAAAGCUUGUUUUGAGUCAGAUUUUGGAGCAUUUGUUUUUGCCCAAGAUGUCUGGCAGAGGUGGUCCACAUACAUACAAAGUUUAUGUUGGUAACCUCGGGUCUAAUGGUUCCAAAGCAGAGCUAGAAAGAGAGUUCGAGAGAUUUGGAAGACUCCAUGAUGUGUGGGUUGCUCGCAAUCCACCUGGAUUUGCCUUUGUAGAAUUUGAUGAUCAGCGUGAUGCUGAAGAUGCUGUGAAGUCACUUAAUGGUUCUCGCAUUUGUGGAGAAAGAGUACGUGUAGAAAUGGCUCGCAACCGUGGCAGAGGUGGUGGGGGAGGGGGAGGGGGUCGAUCGGUUCGCUCAGAUUACCGUGAUGACCGUAGUGGGGGUCGCCGUUUUGAUGACAGAGCUGACCGUUUUGAUGACAGGUCAAGGUCACCAUAUAGGUCACCACCACGGCGAGUGAGAGGAGGAAGGUCUCCUGAAGGAGACAGGUGGGGAGGAAGGGGAAGGAGCAGGUCUCGUAGUCCUCGACGUUACUAGUCAACUCAACCAUGGAGCCUUUGUACCAAUUGAUUGGUGGACAACUUUGUACAAAUCAGCCACCUCAACACCAUGGAAAAUGUUUUUAACAUCUACGACUAUAGCUUAAAGAUUCUUUUUCACUUAGUUUGCUGUAAAUGGCUGAUUUUAUGUGGUACCAAAAAAACUGAUCUUUUUAAUUUUUUCUUAUUUUAGCACCAAUCAUAUUUUGUUUAAAUGACUCAGUUUACUGAAACUGUAUACACUCAAUUGUGAAAAUGUUGACACCAAAAAAAGCAUUAACAAUGGACAAUGAGACCUCACAGCUUUUAUGGUCAGAUGUACAUGAUAACCACCAUUGGGUGCAUGUGGUGAAUGAUGGAAGCUAUCUAAGCUUUCCUGAAAGAAAGGGAUUAUCAUAAAGAAAGGAUUUUACAUGAGUAACGAGAGAAGUGAAUCACUGAGUAUUUAUCUGUGCCCACAUUCCCCAGGAAGCCAUUGGGUCUCAUCAUCUUGGAUUAUACUUUUUUUCGUAUUCACAUGUUUAUGAAGGAAACUGACUGUAUCAAAAUUACUAUACCUGUGAAACUUUUAAGAUGUUGCAUUUUAAACCUUUUGUUUUGUAUUCAUAUUUAUUUGUACCCUAUUACUCUAUUAAAGACGUGAAUUAAAUUCAAGCAAGAAA